AUGAAUGAAUGGGAAAAAAAAAAAGCAAAAGGCCCUCUUUCGUCACCCUCCUUGCCCUUCUCUCCUAGCCAUCUUAACCGGAAUAACAAAUCGGUGGAGCGGAAGCCAGACCACGUGAAUGGCUUGAAGGUGCUCAGUCAGCUUUUUAACUUCAGGUUGCCUUCUUUUUCCUCCCCUCUCGCUUCGUCGUCUUCCUUUCUCCCUCCAAACAUCAACAACACCACCACCUCCUCCUCCACCACCAAAACCUCCCUCUCUCUGCUCUCACAGGAGACGUUGUCGUUCAAUAAGCAAGGCCGUCCUCCUAACCCGCUUGCGCCUCAGGACCUUCACCAUGAGCGAAGUUUCCUCCACCCGUCUCUAUCUCGGCAAUCUGCCCCACUCGAUGAGUCUUGUUGCGUCCGCCUCCAGGACUCGGAGGCAGAGGGGGAACAUGGGGAAUACCAGCAUAUAAACAAAGUCACGCCUACAUGGAAUGGAGGAAACAACAUCCAGAGAGAAAAAGGGCCAUGCCAUAUACCAUCCAUACUGUUGAAUGAUACUGCUGUUUCUCCCCUCUAUGCCCUAUCCUGGUUCACAACAUAUGAGAUAAUCAUCAAUCUACUCCGGAUCUUGGUGGCCUAUACAGCUGACUCAAAGGGGCAUCUUUUCUGCCUGGAUAUUCUCCCUCCAGUCAAUAAACAGGACAUCGAAGAGCAUUUCGGCUCCCACGGCACCGGAAAGAUAACUGAGAUCAAGCUGAUGCAAGGCUUUGGCUUUAUCGAAUACGAGGAUGCUAUGGACGCAAAAGAUGUCGUUCCUGUACCCUUGUUUCACCUUCAAUCCGUGGAACGACGCCGUGCUAAUACUGGAAUCCGUCUUUUUGCUCGUUUCCUGCUCUCCAGCUUUCCGUACGUGAUACACUCCUGCUUCCACUCCCGUGUGAAGAAAAUUGAGACAUAA